UCAGUUUCGAUACAGUUUAAUAGGCUGAAGUAUUCAAGACAUCGCCUUGCUUGCAACAACAUCGCCGGCGAGCAAAACCAAACGUUGGAGGAUGGCCGGCCACCGGCGCCGGAGAAGGCACGAAGGCGGGCGCCGGGAGCAGCCUCCACAGCAAGACCCUCGUCAAAAGCGAGCCGCUGUACCAGAUAGUGGCCAUCGAUGUCAGCGUGAGAGCUACGACCAGAUAGGAUCGCCGGUGAUCGCGAAGGCCGGCGUGGCGCACAAGAUCGACUUCCGCGUGGGGCUCCCGCUGCCGGUGCUGGAUCAGUUGCUAGCCGAGGAGGGGAACAAGAGCAGGUUCGACUUCGCGUUUGUGGACGCGGACAAGGUGAACUUCCUCAACUACCACGAGCGGCUGCUGCAGCUGGUCAGGGUCGGCGGCCUCAUCGCCUACGGCAACACGCUGUGGGGCGGCUCGGUGGCCGCGACCGCCGCAGACGAGCCGCUCUCGGAGCGGGACCGCACUCUCGCGGCGCUCACCAGGGAGUUCAACGCGGCCAUCGCCGCCGACCGCCGCGUCCACGUGUGCCAGCUCGCGAUCGCCGACGGCCUCACGCUAUGCCGCCGCGUCACCUGAUCGUGAUCCGUGAUGAUCGAGCGUCCCUCUUGAUGUCCGUCUCAAAACG